AUGUCUGACGCUGCUGAAGUUACAAAUUUCCCCAACACCAACCAGACUAAGCACUGCUGGCAGAACUAUGUUGAUUACUACAAGUGUAUUAACGCUCGUGGUGAAGAUUUCGCUCCUUGCAAGCAAUUUUUCAGAGCUUAUCACGCUUUGUGUCCUAACGAAUGGAUUGAAAAGUGGGAUACUCUCAGAGAAGAAGGUCGUAACCCUUCCAACUUUGAAGUUUAG